CGGCACCACCGAGGCGCGAAACGACGACGACGACGACCCCACGAACGCCGCUCCACGUGGUGGGGGCCUCGAGGACCUUGUGAACAGGACGUUGGCCCGUUGCCUAGAGGAGGCCAGACCCGAGAUCGUCCUACAACACCGACACCGGUCCCGCCGCUGGGCGACGUCGAUGGCCCAGCAGCUGCUGGAGCGAGCCCUGGUCGACGCCCGGGCCGAAAUGGAGGCCAAGAAGCACAACGACUCGACGUCGCGCCCGUCUUCGAGCCCGACGAACGUCGUGGACGGAGAAGCGAGUCGAUUGGCCGGAGAGAUCCUGUCGGCUGCCGUCAGCGCCACCGCACAGACGCUACGCGAAGCGUCGCAUCGGGAAGAGCGAGCGACUUCGGACAAAAGGCCUCCCACGGGUCAGCUCCCUCAGCAACAGCACGAUCCGCCGGAAGUGCAGCAGCGGCAUCAGCAGUCCCCUUCGGCGGCUCGGAGGUUGCUGACGUCAGCGCGGGACAAGGCCCAUUUUUUAGCCGAUCCUGCAACAUCUCCUGAGCCGGCUCUGCGGGAGGUGUUGGGGGCAGGUGUUUCGUCGACAAAGAAGCCGAGCGAGCCGCGAUGCGCCGAGAUCGUGGUCCAUGAGAUGGACGACGAGCUCAGCGAGGCCGGCUCCGAGGACGUGGAGCUGCUUGGACACCGCUACGAGACCGCGGCGCCCAGGAGCAGCGUCCGCGGGGAGUCCCUGGCCACGGAACUGCGCCGCUGCCGGGAGCCCAGCCCCGGGGACAGCGGCGUCCAGUCCCAGGAGUCCGGGGACGAGGCGGCCGCGAAGCAAGCGUCCGCGUCGUCGACAGCGAGGCGCUGGAGGACCAAACUGAUGGCAGGCUUUGCUCCAGGAACGGGGUCCCGAAUUUGCUGCUCCAUCGUAUGACCGGCCCGACCACGUUCCCGACUGGUGCCUUAGGAAGAGGGGAAAGCAACACCACAAACGCUCGUCUCGAGGCUCCUAGACCAUCGUCUCACCAGUCGACGCUUCUUCCACCACUGUGUGAUCAUAAGGACUUAGCCAUAGUAGCUAUUAAGUGAUGUCAUUUCCUUCUCGAUUACUUUAUUCUUGAUUUACGUAGCUCGAUAUGUUUUCACUGUCCACGUCCGCAGACAUAUUAUACAAUUUUUGUUUGUGCACGGAUGCAGAAAUACCGCCUCGUCCUUUGCCCACGGCCUUCGUGAAGAACUCGGGUGGCCUUGCUGCGUCGCCAGCCUGGUAGAUUUGUGAACGCCGUCAUCCGCCGUGGGAAAAAAAGAAAAAACUGCGAUCUAGCGUGAAAUUAAUUAUGCGCAUUUGCAAUAAUUGCCACGAAUAUGGCGGACCAAGCCGAUGCCGUGUGGUACAGAGGGCCUCGGUGCAUGGCGGGGGAACUUGAUGAAGUAACCAAAUGGGAAACAAGACGGGCUUCACGCGGAACUCAUAAAUGACACAGCGCUGCCGGCGGGGAUGAUGCUGCGCUGAGCUCGUCAGCAGCCGUUUCACGUCGACUAUUCGCUUUCUGGGAGGUGUCUGCCGAGCAUUGUCGGUGUAUUCCCUUUCAAGAGGGCUGUUUCAAAGCGCCAACUUGUUAAAAGAAAGAGAAAAAAAAAAAAAAAAAAAAAAAAGAAGCCCGCAAGGAGAAAUGUUUUUAUUGGCUGCAAAGAGCCAGGUGCGCAGAGUCAAUAUAGAACUAGUAAGUUGGAGGUUCGAACCCCAGUAACUUCGUCACUGAGGGCGUUCUUGAAAACAUUUUCUAGAUCAAUAUGGUGAGGGUUUCGUGUUUUCCGGGUUGAUAUUAAACCAAAUUCGGCGUGUUUUUUUUUUUUUUUUUUUCCGGGAUUUAUUUUUGUUACAUAUUUGGUGCCUUUUGGCGUCAAUAUUUGGUGUAAAAAAAAAAAGGCUUUAAUCGGGAUAUUUAUUGUACAAAAUAUACGACGGGGCUCCCCAACCCCAAGGGAACCCUGUGCCCGACCCGAAUACUUGAAACACCGGCUAGCAUUGAUAGGGGACGCAUACAGGAUAAAGGCGCGGCUCCCAAGAAGUUCAGUGCGCGCUGUGUUUCGGAUCCCAAUAAACUUGAGGUUAGAUGUUUUCUUUCCGUAGAGCUUGCUUUUCUCUUGCGCGAGGGCAGCCCUAAUUUUUGGGGUUUUGUGGUUUUCCCCGAUUUCGAUAAAGCCGGCUCGGAGGUUAAAUUUUGGUGGGCGUCUAGCGGUAUUUAACGAAUGCACGGAACCUUAACUAAGGCGGCGUGUCAAAAAAUAGCUUCCAUAUUACGUGGGAAAGGGCCGGGCGCUGGAAAGCGACUGUUUUUGCGACUUUGAGAGCGGGGAGCUUUCUCGUGUUCGGCUUUUUGCGCCGCUAGUCUAGACGUAGACGAUAUAUAUAAAACCCGCGUUUGUUACCUUCGUCAAAUCACAGCCUGCUUGCACCCGGUGUAGACGCACGCGAAAUCUAGUCGAUAAGAACCCACCAGUGAACGAAGUACCUUGCUUUGUGUUCGCGAACUUUCUGUUUUGAACUGUGUCGAUUUUGUCGUUUUACCAGACUCGAGCAAAGCUAGUUUACGGCAACACUAAACGAGUUCUAACAUACACAGAAAGCUCUUGCGCUCAGGCUGGACUAGAGUGACAUAUACGUCUCCUCCGCUUUUCGAAUAUCGGGCACAGUUUGAAUUUCGGUGGCCUUCCCUUAUGUUGCGCGUUCCAUAUUUUGUAGUGAAUUAUUCACCCGAAGAUUCAGCAAAAAAGAGCUUGAGCCAUAUUGAGAUUCCUAGAAUGCGUUGAGCGCCACUCUUGCAGUCACGGUCAGCGUAAGAAAGACAAGGCGUGUCCUAUCGCUCCUCUGCCAAUAAGAUCAGUGCAUUUGUCGCUAAGAAUACCGAAGAGCGAAUCACGAAGCUAUGAGCGGGAAUGUUAAAAGCCACGCUCUCCUCUCCUAUUACAGAGCUGAAAACAAGCUAGCAAUAUUGCGGGUUUUUUUCUUGUACACCGACAGCGGUCGUUUUUUUUUUUAUUAUUUUAUUUAUCACAGCCGUGAUUCGUCCAAUGUAGUACUGUAUAAUCUUUUCCAAUAUAGAGAAGCCUGCCAACCCUUAAACGGGUACGGGGAGGGGUUUGGGAGGGGGAGGGGGGGGGGAGGGGGGAAAUGCAGCGGAGAUGAAUCUGAUGCUAAAGUGAAGGACCCCCCCAAUACACGCUAUACCCUCCGAGUUAUAUUUCUGCACGGUGGAAGGAUCCACGAUUCAUAACUGCCUCGCCAUUUCUGUCUGGCAAGCACCGCUACUGUAACAGAAAACCCCGGGGCUGGCUUGUUCGAAACCAAACGAAUCACUGUCUCGUGUGAACCGCUUCUCAUUAAAAAAAAAAAAAAAAUCUAGCGGUGUGGUCGAGUUCAGCUACGGUUUCUGGGACGCGUCUUCGAAUGUUGUGUUUAGCGGCAGCGCCCAUACAUCAAAAUUAGUUCCAAAGUGGCAAGAAAUGGCGUCGCAGAAACCCGCGUGUCAUUUUGUCUGGUGUCGCAAUCCUGGUGGCUGGUGCUACAAGUCCCGCCGACGGCCGGUGACAAAGUGACGCUUUUCUGGCGUCACCAGAGGGACAUUGAGGGACCACUUCUUAGCAGACGGUAAACCCACCAAUCGGAGACGCGUUUCCUGGCGCCGUAUAGUCUCUCAAACCUACCAAACACACCCGCUCGAGCGCCACCAAUCUGCAGCCGAGAGGACAUGAUUUUGUACGAGGUGCGCUGCCGAAAAUUGUUCCAGUCGUCGAAACAAUGUUCUUGUUAUGUCGGCGGCAGUGUUCUUUGUUCGACUAUGCAUUCUAUUCCAUCGUGAAGUCGGGUUCACACAUGCAUUUAAGCGCUGAGAUAACGCAAAGUCUGCGCUGCAUGAGCGGUGCAGACUUUGUACGUGUGAGCAACAAAAAGCCGGUGUCACGUGUAUCAAAUCACCGAUACAGUUCCGAUACAGCGCCUUGUCUAUUGCGCUGAGUAAGUGCUGUUUUGUAUGUGUGAACGGGCUGCAGGUCGAACAGCGAAUGGUAGCCCCCUCGAGCCAAUCAGAGCCACAGAACGAGCCACGUGGCGACUUUCCGCGGGAGCGAACCCUGGUGGUAUACGUUUUCAUGUGCCUAGCUCCUACCUUCUGAUUGGUCGCUGGGACGCCGCAGCUUUCGCCGUUUACCAGCCUAUUGAACCUUUACAAACAUAGGGUUAAAAGAAAAAAAAAAAAAAAAGAAACAUCGCCUUAGCGUGGUCAGUUCUUUGAGGACACCUUUGGCCGCAGCCAACCUGAUCGGUGCUUUAAAUGAGACGGCCGCGAGAUGGCGACGCAUUUUGUUUCGACCAAACCGCCCCAAAUGUGUAGAUAAGAGCUAUACGCCGCGCGGUCGCGGAUCUUGUGACAUUGUCGAAAAAAAAAAAAGCACGUGGCAAUCGUGUACAGUUAUUGAAGAAAGUUGAGUGAUGCACUAGGGGUGAAUAAAGAUGCACUCGUUAACCCAAA